CCAGCAGAAGUUGUGGCCCAGAUUAAAGGUGUGCACUACGACGCCUGAAUCUGUCUCAGGCUGACUUUGAACUCAGAGAUCUCCUUGCUUCAGUCUCCUGGAAUCAAAGGCCUGUACUACCUUGUUUGGGCCUAAGCUUUUCAUAGCCACUGUGCCUCAAGAUCUCCACGGGAAGAUCCAGGUCAGAAACUUGUGCCUUCAAGCCUGAUCCAUCUGGAUCAUAGAGACUUCCCCACCCCUGUACCACAAGCACCCACGGCACAGUACUGCUGAACAACACUUCUGGCCAUGGCCCGCACUGCUUGCCCGCCUCUCCUUCUAAUGGGGACCUUCUUAGCAGUUUUUCAGACAACCCUGACCCAGCCUGAUGCAUUCCUGGUCUUCCCAGGCCAAGAAGCUCAACUCAGCUGCACAAUCAAUUCCCAGCAAGCCACCGUUGGAGACACUGGGGUAUCGUGGUAUCAACAGCAGCCAGGAGGUCCUCCCCAACUUCUCUACUACUUCUCAGAAGAGGAACACUAUCGACCUGCCAACAUCCCUGACAGAUUCUCGGCUACCGUGGACGCGGCCCACAACGCCUGUGUGCUCACUAUCAACCCUGUGCUGCCGGAGGACGACGCCGAUUAUUUCUGCUCCAUCGCCCACGCCUUUGAACCCUAGGGCUGGGUUGAAUGUCUUCUGUCUGUCUCCUCUUUUUUUUCUCUAAGUCUUGCUUUCCUUCCUCUGCAAAAUGAGUUAAUAACAUUCGACAGUCCUGAGGACCCUGA